AUUUCUCCCAACAUUACUCAGACACAUCACCCAAAUUUCAAGGAAGUAAUUGAGAGAAACAACAAGAGAGAUAGGGAGAGAGGGAGAGAGAGAGAGAGAGCAUGACAAACACCAUGAACCAUCAAAAGAUUGAUCAUGAUCACAUGGUACUCAUCUCCCAACUAUAUCCAGGUGUAUACACACCAAUGAUUCCACAACAAGGGGAACCGAAGCCGAAGCGGAGAAGAAAGAAGAACAAAGGAGGAGAGAAUGGGAGUGGUGUAGCAAAGAAGAGGAAGCUUAGUGCGGAACAAGCUGAUCUACUUGAACAAAACUUUGGGAACGAACACAAAUUGGAGUCAGAGAGAAAGGACAAGCUAGCCUUGGACCUCGGGCUCGAACCUCGUCAGGUCGCGGUUUGGUUCCAGAACCGACGCGCUCGUUGGAAGAACAAGAAGCUUGAGGAGGAGUACAGUAAGUUGAAGUCUUCGCAUGAAGGCGACAUGGUCGAGAAAUGUCGCCUGGAAUCUGAGGUAUUGAAACUGAAGGAGCAACUCUCUGAAGCAAAGAAGGAGAUCCAACGGCUCUCAGAGCGCGCUGAAGGGGUUUCGAGCAGUCAUAGUCCGAGUUCGUCACUGACAAUGGAAGCCAUGGAUCCACCAUUUCUUGGAGAAUUUGGAGUAGUAGAAACAUAUGAUGAUGUCUUCUUUGUACCAGAAAGCAACUACGGUCCAGGAACGGAAUGGAUGAAUCUUUUUAUGUAACUAAUAUUAAUGCACCUUUUCUUAGGAUGUAGAUAUUAACCAGUCUAAUGUAAAUUAAAUCUAGUGUUCUUCUCUGUGUUUGAGUUUGACUGACAAGUUCAAACCUCAUUAAUUAGUAAAUAACUAGCUCUUGACUCUUA